AAAUGAAGUUAUGGAAGUCCAAAAGAAAGUUCCUGUUCCUGUCUACUGUGACAUGGAUGAGGACGGUUUUGCGCGAGAGAUAUAUCCGAUGGUGAAGCGAGGACCAGCUGUGCUGAGAGGGGUGGGUCUCGGACCAUGCCUGGAAAAGUGGACGGUCGAGUACCUUAUACAGAUAGGCGGAAACAGAGAUGUGAAGGUUCAUGUGUCCACUCUACCCUGGAUGGACUUCCUCGGGAAAAACUUUGUAUAUAGGACACUUCCAUUUGAUGAAUUUGUCAAAAGGGCAGCUGAAACGAAGCACUCAGACUUUUUCCUCAGUGAGGUCAGUAAGACAAGUGGUAUUUAUCUACGUACACUGGGAGAGGAUAGUAGGAAGGAUGUGGCUGACCUGGGUAAACAGUUCCCUUCCCUGGCACAGGACUUCCACAUUCCCCAGGUCUUCCAACCCGACCAGUUCUUCUCCAGUGUUUUCCGCAUCAGCUCUCCUGGCUUGCAGUUUUGGACACACUAUGAUGUGAGCACCGCCUUGUGGUUCCACAACACGCUGGUUGAGUUCGGAGUGGGUGUCAACGUGUUCUGGCACCACUGGCCAGCGGAGAGCUACGACAGGAAAGACCCGCAUGGGAACAGAGACCCGGAGCCUGCUAGGCGGGCCCUGCAGGUGGAGAGAGCUCCGAGCGCCCUGGACCAGCUGCCUCCAGACCAGCGGGACUUCUACGGCCGGCGCAUCCAGCAUACUCAGCCCCACCUGCAAUGGAGAACACAGACCCCUGACAGACUGGAUGUUGGGAUGGGCCCCUCACAGAUCCAGACUGGUGCAGCAGCUAGCUUCAGGGAUAUCUGGAGCUGCAGAAGCCCUGGAUUUCUAGUUCAGAAGUGGAAAUGUUUUCCUGCUCGACAGAAACGAUCACAGAAACUCCUGUACUGUGUUACUGCUCAUGCAGGCGUUUUACGUUGCCCAACGCUUCUUUAAAUGGUUGAGACAACCAACCCCGUACAUCAUUUUACCUGAGGAA